UUUUGUGAGGUUAGAAUCUCCGACAUUAAAAAGUUAGGCAGCAGCACAGAAGGUGGUGGAGUGAAAAUUUUCUUCUGGCUUCCCAAAUUUGCAACCAGAAGCGGUGAUUGUCGCGAUAAACGCCGAUCUGAAUCCACUCGGAACGUAAUUGCAGUAAAUACCUACACGGGUGUUGGGUGGCAGAAAAGUUGCAGCUGAAUCCAAAUUGCGAGAACCUACAAUCGCCAGAAAUCCAGAAGCAGGCGGCAGGAAACGCGUGAUUGAAAAGAUGGAGCAAAUCAUUAGAAAUUUGUUGGUUGCGGACAACGAUGUCAUACAACAGGCCAGCGCCGAUUUGAAGGAAGCCUUCAAACGUCCGGAAACUAUUCCGCAAUUGUGCGAAAUCGCUGUGUCCCACAAAGAUGCUCAAAUUCGACAAUACAGUGCCAUGUUGCUGAAGAAGCAACUCGGUAAGCUGCGAAACUGGCAACAAGUACCAGCCGAACAACAGGCCCUUAUCAAACAAGGCAUGCUGGAAGCCAUCGUCAAGGAACCGGAGAAGUCCGUACGCAAUGCAAUCACUGCCUUUGUCGGCGUUUUAGUGCGUCACGAAGCCUCAAGGGAUCAAGCGUGGAUGAAUGAUGUACUCAAGUUUAUGUUCGACAGUACCAGUUCCAGCGAUCCUAAGAUGGCCGAAAUUGGAUCAGCAACCUUCUGCACACUAGCCGACACUUCACCGGACCAAUUGAUUCCUCAUUUCGAAACGGUUUGUCAACUAUUCUCAUCCGCUCUGGUGGCAACAGAAGCUAGCGGCAACAUGUCAACUCCGGUUGUCUUCAACAUCCUGCAAGGAAUGUCCCACUUGGUGCGCUUCAUAACUGGCCACCCGGUAGCAGAGAAUACCUACCAGCAAUCUAUUCCAUACGUCGUCAAGGCUUUGGUUGGCUUUGCUCAGCAAGACUCGUUUAAGUUUAUCGAGGCUUUCGAUAUUCUUGAAAAUUUGGCUGAUGAAUCUUCCCGAAUUUUGACUCCUCAUCUGAAACUCCUUAUCGAAUUUUGUUUGGAAAUUGCCCAGAAACCCGAUCUCGAAGAUUCGGUACGUGUCAAAGCCAUAACUUACAUUGGCUGGUUGGUACGGCUUAAGAAGAAAAUGAUCAUCAAACAAAAAUUGGUCGAACCGAUUGUCGUCGCGCUAUUUCAUCUAAUGAGCGUUGCGCCGGAAAUCGAGGAUGAGGAGGAAGAAUACUUCGGUAGUAAUGAAGUAUCUACCCCGAGUACAUGUGCUGCCCAAUCGCUGGACGUCUUGGCGUUGCACAUCCCUCCAAAGCAACUGAUUCCGACAUUGAUGGCUCUUCUCGAACCGGCACUCCGCGGAAAUGACCCACUAGCCAAGAAGGCAUCAUAUCUCUCUAUCGCCGUCAUUGCCGAAGGCUGCUCGGAGCACAUUUGCAACAAGUAUUUGAAACCACUUCUGGAUGUGAUCAAAACUGGCAUCACCGAUCCCAAUCCUUUGAUUCGUAACGCGGCAUUAUUUGCACUAGGCCAAUUUUCCGAGCAUCUUCAGCCGGAAAUCUCACAGUACGCCGAAGAAAUCUUGCCUAUCCUGUUCGAAUUCCUGCAACAACUGUGUUUGCAAAUUCGUAGCGGUGGUAAGGAACCUCAGCAUAUCGAUCGGGUAUUCUACGCUCUGGAAACAUUCUGCGAAAAUCUCGAAGAUCAACUGACACCCCAUUUGCCAAUUCUCAUGGAUCGCCUAUUCGAAGCACUUGAUGCUCAAAACACGGUUCACUUAAGGGAGCUUUCGUUGACCGCGAUUGCCGCUACGGCGAACGCAGCUAAGGUUCACAUGCUUCCAUAUUUCCCGCGUCUUAUCGAGAGCUUGAAAAUGUAUCUGGUAAAAACUGACGAUGAAGACAUCUGUGCUCUACGUCCUCAAGCUAUUGACACCUUUGCUGCUCUGGUAAGAACUAUUGGAAAGGAUAAUUUCCUUCCUCUAGCAGUUGACACGCUGAACCUGGGUUUGACCAUGAUGGAUGGGUGUGAUGAUCCAGAUCUCAGAAGAAGCUGCUACAAUUUGUUUGCUUCGAUGGCAUCUUCGGUGAAAGAGGAUAUGGCUGGCUCGUUGACCAAGAUCGUCGAGUCCAUGCUGGAAAGUGUAAAAAGUACUGAAGGUAUUGUUCCAACAUUCAAAGACGACAAUGAUGAUCUGGUGCUGUUGAACGGUGCCGACGACGAGGAGGAAGAUGAUCAAGAAUACGACAUCGAAAAUUCUGACAAUGAUAACGAUGAUGAGGAUGACGACAUCGCUGGCUACAGUGUAGAAAAUGCCUACAUGGACGAGAAAGAGGAAGCAAUUUUAGCCUUAAUGGAGUUUGCUGAACAUACGGGACCGGCCUUUGCACCAUUCAUUCAAACCGCCUUCGAAGAAAUCUAUAAGCUAAUUAACUACCCCAACGAAGACAUUCGCAAGGCGUCCAUUGAUGCCUUGAAACAGUUUGUCAUCUCACUCCACGAGUUGGGAAACGUCGAAGGAGUAAAUCAAACGAUCUUGAUUUUGAUCCCGAAACUAAGCGAAAUUAUCCGCACGGACGAAGAACGAACGGUAGUCAUGUCGGCCUUGGAUGGAUACAGUGACAUUUUGGAAAAGGUCGGUGCUGCUGCUAUGCAGGCCGAAGGACAGAAGGACGCGAUAUUCGGUUGCAUCGUUGAUGUCCUGAACGGGAAAGUUGCCUGUCAGUUUGACGAACCUGUGGACGAGGAACAAGAAGAAAGCGAAUACGAUGAAGCUAUUCUCGAAUCUGCUGGCGACAUUUUGCCUAAAUUUGGACGCGCUCUAUCACCGGCAGAGUUUGCUGUAUACUUCGGACGGGUUUGGCCUUAUUUUAUUCAGAAAAUCGAAAAAACGAAACACAAAGACGAAACAACCGAUUCGCAGCGCGCCUUUGCAAUCGGGGUACUGUCUGAGUGCUUCCGCGGCCUAAAAGAGUUCUCCGCAAACUGGGUCGAAGCACUGUUGCCUAUUUUUGUGUCCUGCGUUCAGGAUCGUAAUAAUGAAGUUCGAAACAAUGCAGUUUACGGCAUUGGAGAAAUGGUUCUUCACGGAAACGAAUGUUCUUACAAACACUACCCUCAAAUCCUAGCGUGUCUAUCGAAUGUGGUUGCCAAGGAACAACACGCUGGAACCCUGGACAAUAUUUGUGGAGCACUAGCCCGUUUGAUUUCCACCAACAGCAGCUUAGUUCCCAUGAAAGAGGUCCUGCCAGUGUUUGUUCAGUAUCUGCCACUACGCGAAGAUUUUGAAGAGAAUUCCGCCGUGUUCCGCAGCUUGGAUGUCAUUUAUCGUCAAGGAAACGAACAUCUUAUUCCACUUCUGGGACGCGUUCUAGUAGUUGCCCUACAGGUCCUGUAUAAACAGCAGCACAAUAAUGACGAGUGCCGUGACCUGGUGUUCAACUUUGUUAAGCAAAUCAACCGUGACUUCCCGGACAAAUUCGCAGAAGUGGUACGCAGCGAUGCCGAGAUUGCCAGCUUCGUGGAGACGCUUCCCCUCCAGUAGAAGUCGGCGCGUGUGCAUUUAAUGCGCAAAUUGUACGUUUCCUACAUUGAUCCCUAUCUGCAAACCUGUGUACGUCGCGUGGAGAUGAAAGGUGGCCAUAGCAAGCAAUCCUACACUAAUGGUGGUCCCAGAUUUCCAGAUGAGGGUCAUAAGUGAAUAAAUGAAUGUUAAACGUUAGUAUAAGCCGCAAAAUACUAACUCAGCAAAUGAAGAUGUUCUCAGCAGCCUUUUGCAGUAUAUAUGGCCGAUAAAACUAACACGAUAUUUAUGUUGCAUCAACGGAUCUUCAGAUAGCUUAUUUUCAACAGUGGGAGCUCACGUUGACGCCAAAAAAUUAUUCUCUAUUUAUUCUACUCAGAAUAAAGUCCUGUGUCAAAAUGCUAUUAUCAUCAGUAAACCUUUUUCCACCUACAUGCCAAUUUGAUAUCAGCUUUAACCAAGUCGAUUCUGUCCAAUGAAAAAUAACAAAUAUAUCAUAAUACAGAUUACCUACAACUCUUAAAACAGUCCCUCAAAAUUAGAAGAAAAUUCAUCCUUCCACUUGUAACGAAAAUAGCAUCAGAAAACAAAUGAAAUGUAUGAAUGUGAUGAAUAUCAUAGAUAAUAUAAAAAAAAAACAAGGUACUGAA